AUGUGCCUGGCAGGAAUCGUAUGCCAAGCACAGGACAACGGGCCUCCGCACCUCGUAGUGCUGCAGUGGAUCGUGGAGGCGUGGGAUCAAGUCCCCAAGCAGGUCAUCAUUGGCGCGUUCCGCCACUGUGGGAUUUCAAGCAAGCUGAACGGGACGGAGAACCACCUGGCGAUGUCUCACCUGCGCGCCAGGAGCACUGUCAAUGUCUCCGAGGACAUGAGCUUCGGGGGAACCACGGGCGACAACACGCGCCUGCUUGGGCAGGCGCCAGAGGAGGAGGAGGAGGAGGAGGAGGAGGAGGAGGAGGAGGAGGAGAUGCAGGCGGAGGGCGUGAGGGAGGUGGCCGUGGCAACCGGCCUAGAGGUGCUGUACCAGGAGACCCCCAACUACCGCGGAGCGGCGGCUAAGGCUGACCGCAUGAUCGAGCCUAGGGAGACGGCUAAGCAUGCCUGGCGAGUGCCAGACUUGGGUGUUAGUGACCCUGCUGUUAGUGCAGGUGAGGAGGCCGUGACUGAGGAGGGCUAG